AUGUCUACUACCACCACUCCUAAAGCGUGCGCCUCUUGCGCCUUGUUAACCUGGAAGAACCCAGCCAAAACCGGCCCGAUCUUUGCCGCCCUCAUUGCCGGUUUGUUGGCCACCAAGUACUUGAACUUGGUCAACAUCUUCUUCUUUGUCGCCAGUUACGGUCUUGCUGCCUCCGCCGCUGCUGAGUACGCCGGUAAGAAGGUCACUGGCCAGGGCUUUGUCACUAAAUACGUGCCACAGAGCGUUGUCAAGACCUCCAUCGCCAGACAGUUCAACGACCAAUACUUGCCACACAUCGCUGUUCAAUUGGAGAAGUUCGAAACCGAGGCCAAGAAAAUCGUCCUCGGCACCAACUUCGAAUGCACCAUCAAGACCGCCGUCGCCUCUUACCUCUUGUACAAGAUCACCUCCUGGUUCUCCCUCUUCACUUUGGCCCUCACCGCCGUCGUUGGCGCCUUCACUUUGCCAGUCAUCUAUGAAAGCAACAAGACCGAGAUCGACGCGUUGGUCGCCAAGUACUACAAGGUUGCCCAUAAGCAGGCCUGUGAUUUGGCCAAGACUGCCCAGAAGUCGGUCAAGCCACACUUGAAGACCGUCUCUGAAAAGUUGAGCCCAGUUACCCAGUUCGUCCAGUCUAAGUUGCCAAACCACAGAACCGCGGGCUCUACCGUCGCUGACAAGAAGCCAAUUGCCAACGAAAAGAUCGUUGUUUCUCCUGUCGUGGCCGAACCUGUCGCCGUCAAGACCUCCGGCGUUGAGUUCCCAUCCGUUCCAUCCUCCAUCCAGGAGGUUAAGGAAACCGUCCAUGAGAUUCAGCCAGAGGUCCAGACUCCAGUCCAUGCCAACUUGAACGAAGCCGUCGAAGCCGCUAAGAAAGACAUCUAUGAAUCCUAA